AUGAAUGCCAUCUACCACCUGAGCUAUGUAACGUUGUUGGCACUGGCCAUAGGUUCAGUUCCUUUGACGGUCAACACUGACAGCGUCAUCAACAACGCCACCGUGUUGGCCACGUCGAUGGAUAACGUCACUGCUGUGGCAAAAGCAACGAGUCAAAAGUUAAACUCCUUGAAAUUCCCAACGGCAAUCGAACAACUUUUGAUGAAGUCGAAAGGAAGCGCUUUGCAAAAUGGAGUCGGGAAGUCGAGCAACGAGAGUUCGGGCGAAGGAAAAGAUAAAUCUGUUGUGUCCGUCAUUGAAAGGGGAAUUAAGAUGGCCCACGAUUUUAUUGAAUCUUCCGGCGUGCGCAAUGGACAACCGGAUGUCGUCAUAGAAGACCGUGGGUCAAGUCACCAACAGUUUGAACAGGUUUUGGAGAAUAUGGGAUCAAGCAUCGGCCAAGGUAAAGAUUUGGACAAUGUCAACGAAUUCAAAGGCGUCGCCAAUUCAGUUCUCGGCACUUUCGUGGAUGAAAGUCUAAAGCCGAAUAAAUCAAAACCUAACAACGGGGAUACCAAUAGCCAAUCAAUAAAUGUCGAUAAUUCGAAUGCCUUCUCGAGUUUAUUGAUCUCCCAGACACAGAAGUCUUACAUCCAUGUCGGCGCAGACAUUCAGGUUUUAAUAAAAUUUCUCAGUGCGACGUUCGGGCCGAAUUCUUAUUUGGUAGAUAUUGCUGAGCGGCUGCAAGAAAUCACUGAUAUCAUCACCAGGGCCUUCGCCGUCGACUGCUCGCCAGUGGUCAGAGGCGUGCAGAAACUGCUGGACAUAACCAUAUGCAUCUUUGCCGGAAACCCGGAGUCAGCUAUUGAGCAGCUGGACGUGUUCAUAGAGGCGCAGUACGCCGUAUUCUUCAGACAGAUCAUCACUUUCUUCAAGAUCCCGGAGAGAACCGCGUCCGAGUUUGUGGGUAAAGUCAAGCAGAUACUUUCACUUGUCAGUUCUCUGUUUGGUGGGAAAAAUAACAUUCUUGAUAUUUUCAAGUUCGUGAACGGUGGAAAUGGGGGGGACAGAACUGGGGGUCAGGGAGGAAAAGAUAACCCUGUAGAUGAACUGGAAGCUAGUCAAUGGACGUCGACCACCACCAGUGGCGUGUUAAGCAGCAGGGAGACCACGGGUGGCCCAUGGCGUCAGGAUGUUAGCAGCAACGGUGCAGGUGACCAUGGUUAUACGAAAGGGAGUCAGUGGGAAACAGCCGAAUCAAGCGGCGUGGGGUAUUCUACGCAGACAACAAGAAAUCAGGAAAUUGGUGGCGGUCCAGAAGGGGAUAACAUGGGAACUACAGGAAGUGGUUGGAGUGUGUUCACGACAGACAAGAAGUGGACAAGCGAUGUGGAUGGCGUAGAUAAUAGACAGGGGACAACACAUAGUCCGGGAUUUACUGAUGACCACAGCGGGGGAGUUUUUGGUGGAGAUGGAUCUACGGACAGUCAGUCAGCUGGAAUAACUUCUAUUGGGGUAGAUGAGUAUAGGGUCACGACAGAUAGUUACUGGACGGAUGGCAGCCGUUCAAAUGGCAAGGGCAAAUAUGGACACAGCAAUGGCGUAACCAAUGAAGUUACAAUGGACAGGGUUUGGACAACAGGUGGCUAUAGUAUUGGUGUCAGCAAUGCCGAGACAACGGUGCAUCAGUGGACAGAAGACAGUGGUGCCAAUAGUCCUGGAAACAUUGGAACUACUGGUAUACAAGGAUUAGACACUUACAGUAAUCAUAUAGGAUCUGAUGAGAAAACGACAGGCAGUCCGUGGAUUCGGUCAACAGAUGAACCAGAUAAAAUUACAGAUGAAGACAUGAACAGCUAUUGGACUAAAUUUAUCAGUUAUUGGACAGAUGACGCGAGUACAAAAGACCAUAACAAGGAUGUUAUGAUAACGACCCGUGCUGGCACAGCUGAUUAUCAUAGUAAUGAAAUUGAAAGUACAGGAACAACUACUGGGGAUAUGGGAAUAAAUACUGGAAGUAUGGGAAUGAAUACUGGAAGUAUGGCAACAAGUACUGGAAGUAUGGGAACACGUGCUGGAAGUAUGGGAACUACUACUGUAAGUAUGGGAACUAAUACUGGAAGUAUGGGAACAUCUACUGGAAGUAUGGGAACAUCUACUGGAAGUAUGGGAACAAGUACUGGAAGUAUUGGAACUAAUAUUGGAAGUAUGGGAACAUCUACUGGAAGUAUGGGAACAAGUACUGGAAGUAUUGGAACUAAUAUUGGAAGUAUGGGAACAUCUACUGGAAGUAUGGGAACAUCUACUGGAAGUAUGGGAACUACAACUGAAAGUAUAGGAACAAGUGCUGGAAGUAUGCGAAUAACUACUGGAAGUAUGGGAAUAACUACUGGAAGUAUGGGAAUAAGUACUGGAAAUAUUGGAACUAACACUGGAAGUUUGGGAACAAGUACUGGAAGUAUGGGAAUAAAUACCGGCAAUAAGGGAACAACUUCUGGAAGUAUGGGAACAUCUACUAGAAGUAUGCGAACAAGUACUGGAAGUAUGGGAACAUCUACUGGAAGUUUAGAAACAAGUACUGGAAGUAUUGGAACUAAUACUGGAAGUAUGGGAACAUCUACUGGAAGUUUGGGAACAUCUACUGGAAGUAUGGGAACAAGUACUGGAAGUAUUGGAACUAAUAUUGGAAGUAUUGGAACAUCUACUGGAAGUAUGGGAACAUCUACUGGAAGUAUGGGAACUACAACUGAAAGUAUAGGAACAAGUGCUGGAAGUAUGGGAACUAACACUGGAAGUUUGGGAACAAGUACUGGAAGUAUUGGAACUAAUAUUGGAAGUAUUGGAACAUCUACUGGAAGUAUGGGAACAUCUACUGGAAGUAUGGAAACUACAACUGAAAGUAUAGGAACAAGUGUUGGAAGUAUGGGAACAUCUACUGGAAGUAUGCGAACAAGUACUGGAAGUAUGGGAACAAGUACUGGAAGUAUUGGAACUAAUAUUGGAAGUAUGGGAACAUCUACUGGAAGUAUGGGAACUACAACUGAAAGUAUAGGAACAAGUACUGGAAGUAUGGGAAUAAAUACCGGCAAUAAGGGAACAACUUCUGGAAGUAUGGGAACAAGUACUGGAAGUAUGCGAACAAGUACUGGAAGUAUGGGAACAUCUACUGGAAGUUUAGAGACAAGUACUGGAAGUAUUGGAACUAAUACUGGAAGUAUGGGAACAUCUACUGGAAGUAUGGGAACAUCUACUGGAAGUAUGGGAACAAGUACUGGAAGUAUUGGAACUAAUAUUGGAAGUAUGGGAACUACAACUGAAAGUAUAGGAACAAGUACUGGAAGUAUGGGAACAUCUACUGGAAGUUUAGGAACAAAUACUGGAAGUAUGGGAACUAAUACUGAAAGUAUGGGAACAUCUUCUGGAAAUAUGGGAACUGCGACUGGAAGUAUAGAAACAAGUGCUGGAAGUAUGGGAACAAGUACUGGAAGUACGGGAACAUCUACUGGAAGUAUGGGAACAUCUACUGGAAGUACGGGAGCAUUUACUGGAAGUAUGGGAACUACUGCUGGAAAUAUGGGAAUAAGUACUGGAAGUUUGGGAACAUCUACUGGAAGUUUGGGAACAAGUACUGGAAAUAUGGACGACGUUACUAGCACAGUGGAGGGCCACGGCUCAUUUUCUAGUUCUAGGAAUGGUAUAGGGGGCAUGGACAAAACGACUGGUAGUUCAUGGCAACAGGGCCAUAACACCAAUACCGUCAGCUCCACCACGCCCAUAUACGUGGACAGCCGCGUCGCAGACAAGGAUAAUCCUUUCAACACGAUUGAUGCACCAAAAUCAACGGGUUUCGUCGUUGUCAUUUUGAACAUUCAAAAAAUAGUUCAGCUGGUCCAGAACUUGUUAAGCGGGAACAAAAACAUUGUCGAGACCGCAUUGUUGGGCAAGGAAUUGCUUGAUCUUUUAGCGCCGUUGUUCAAUCUUGGCGAGAAGACGGCUCUGAUCAGAAAUUGUCUCGACUUUCUGGACAGAGCUCUAUGCGUCCUCCGCAGAACUCCCCUGGUUUUCAUUAAACGUGACUUCACCAAGAUCGGCCAAGAGUCUCAAAUAGUGUCCGAUUCUGUGAGGUCCUUCUUGAGGCUCCCUUUAUCCCAGACGGGAUUAAGAGAUUUCAUGGGUAGGGUUCAACAACUCUUCACUCGAAUUUCGUGCUUGUUAGACGACUGGAACAGUGAGUUCCCUUUUCAAGGCUCAUCCCGUAUCCAGCAAUAAUGAUUUGUCAUUCACUCUACAAUACGUUGUCAUUAAAAUCACCAACAUUAUCCAAGAAAUAAUCAUUCAAUCAGACACCAUAAAAUAAGUUAUCAUUUAAAUCAGCAACCAUAUUCCAAUAAAUAAUCACUCAAUCAGACACCUUAGGCACUUAUUUUUUUUUUUUUUGAAAUCACAUCUUGUUAACAAUCAUUUAAUGGAUAUAAAACCUACAUUAUAUGUGUUUAUAGAUUGUUAAACUAUUGCCUGCUAUGAAAAGAAUAUAUGUCUCAUCUAAAUAAAACAUUUGGUUUUUAUACAUUUAAAUAUGUGUGUAAAUAAACUCAGAUUUUAC